GCACGCCGAAUUUGUGGUCUACGGUGGAGCUACGUUCGGCUACGUUUGUGUUUGGAAAACAAACCCGGCGGAUUUAAACGAGUCUUUCGUUUUCGUAAUCAUGUCGACUGCCCUCGAGAGCUACAUCAACCGUACAGUUGCCGUCGUUACUUCGGACGGACGGAUGAUAGUGGGUACUUUGAAGGGUUUUGACCAGACCAUCAACCUGAUUCUGGAUGAAAGUCAUGAGCGUGUUUUCAGUUCCUCUCAGGGUGUGGAGCAGGUUGUCCUGGGACUAUACAUCGUCAGGGGAGACAAUGUGGCUGUGAUUGGAGAGAUUGACGAGGACACCGAUUCUUCACUAGACCUUGGAAACAUCCGUGCUGAACCCCUCAACUCUAUAGUCCACUAACCUGAACCCUACAGUAACGCCUGACCUGCCCCCUCGACCCCAACCCCUGUGUGCUUGAAAGUUUUUCUGCAGAGCAGUUUGCCACCAGGUGUGUUACACCAUGGACUAAUGCUAGGAUGUUCAUACAUUUCUGUUGAUAUUUUUUAAUAAAAAGUGUGUUUUGUU